AUGGUGGGUGGGGCUUACACAUUGAAGGCCCCGGCACAAUGUUUGGUACUUACUUGAGCUAUGUUACUUUGAGAUUGCCUGGUGAAGAAGCUGAUGAUGGGCAAAGGGCAGUGGAGAAAGGACGUAAAUGGCUUCUGGACCAUGGUGGUGCCACCGCAAUAACAUCAUGGGGAAAAAUGUGGCUUUCAGUACUUGGUGUAUUUGAAUGGUUUGGAAAUAAUCCCUUGCCCCCUGAGAUAUGGCUUAUCCCUUAUGUUCUCCCAUUCCAUCCAGGUUAGCGAUCAUCUUUGUGCUUUUUAUGCAAGCCUUUCAUUUUUUUUUCUUCUUGUA